CGAGCAGAGGGGCGAGUUAGUUUGUGGGCUUUUAACAAACCUCCUGCUCACACUAGGAGUCUCUGGUAGUCUUUCAGUCACUCCGUCUCAGUCGCUAAGUCUUCUUCUCCUCCCCCCCUCUGCUGUUCCCCCUCUCUCUCUUGCUCUCAUCUUUUGUUUCUUUCUGGUGCUCUUCUUUAUUCUCGCCUGUUGCUUCUGCUGCCACUGCCGCUUCCACAAACUUAGUCUUGAGAGAAAGUGCUGGGUGAUGGACUGCUGAACGGCUUGUACGUUGAUACAAAGUGAGCUGUGAGCCGAGUAAUCGAGCGGACCGCCAGACAUGGGGAAGCAGAACAGCAAGCUCCGUCCUGAGGUGAUGCAGGACCUCCUGGAGAGCACUGACUUCACCGAGCACGAGAUCCAGGAGUGGUACAAGGGCUUCCUGAGGGACUGUCCCAGCGGGAACCUCUCCAUGGAGGAGUUCAAGAAGAUCUACGGUAACUUCUUCCCCUACGGAGACGCUUCCAAGUUCGCCGAGCAUGUCUUUCGCACAUUCGAUGCUAACGGCGACGGGACAAUAGACUUUCGGGAGUUUAUCAUCGCACUAAGUGUGACGUCACGUGGCAAGCUGGAGCAGAAGUUGAAAUGGGCUUUCAGUAUGUACGACCUGGAUGGAAAUGGGUACAUCAGUAAAUCUGAGAUGCUGGAGAUUGUUCAGGCAAUCUAUAAGAUGGUGUCCUCUGUGAUGAAGAUGCCUGAGGACGAGUCGACGCCUGAGAAGAGGACAGAGAAGAUCUUCAGGCAGAUGGACACCAACAGAGAUGGUAAGCUGUCUCUGGAGGAGUUCAUUAAAGGAGCCAAGAGCGACCCCUCCAUCGUCCGCCUGUUGCAGUGUGACCCCAGCAGCGCCGGACAGUUCUAAACCCGAGGCAUCAACACAACCUUGCUUCUUCGGGGGACUCCAAAUGCCCUUAACUCUCCACUAUGGAGCGGACUGACGAUGAAGAAUGACAAGCUGAUGACGACGAUGAAGAAUGACAGGCCUUCACCAUGCACUGAGGACAUCAAAGAUGAGCACAGGAGCCAAAUUAUCCACCCACCCCCCUUGAGCUGUUUCUCUAAAACCCUCCAAACCCCAACAAAGACUCAAACUGAAAACGUUCCAGAACCCUCACCUGGUC